CCGACAUAAACAACACAAUUUCAGUUUCUGCUGCACUACACAGAAGCGCACACACACAAAUUUCCCUCCUGUUGGCUCUGCAAAGCUGGUCUGGUCUCAUCUUGCAAAUCCCGAACGAUGUGUACCGGCGGAUUACUCAUCACGAGCCGGAGCCUCCUCUGGUUUCUGGUUACACUGAUCGCGUGUAUGACCCUGUUCGGCGCCAUCGUACUACCGAAAUGGCUGAUCGGACCGGAAGUGAUACAGAUCCGCAACGAGGAAGGCAACUUUACCGUCCUGCGCCAUCCCUCGGUGGGCAUCUACAACAGAUGCAAACGUAUGGGACGGAUAGAGUACAACUGUGGCAACUUCGAUCUUAACGGGCUGCUGACGGACUCGACUGUCUUUCCGGUGCCGUGGAAGUUCACCAUGACCCUGAUGUGUGUCGGGACGAUGCUGCUGGGCCUAACGCUGGUCAGCACGCUCGUUACCUGCUGCCGGCUGCACUCCGUGUACGGUUUCAGCAUGCACAAGCUGCUGUGCAUCUUCCAGGGCGUCUCGGCCAUGCUGGUGUUGUGCGGCUAUCUCGUAUAUCCGCUCGCCUGGGACGCACCGCGCGUGAGAACGCUCUGUGGACCGGACUCGGAAGCGUACUCGCCGGCCGAUUGUACGCUGGGCGUUUCGAUCUAUCUCGGGGCGACGGGUGUGCUGCUCACCUUUCUCUCAACCAUCCUCAGCCGGAAGGCCGAGGCGGCGUACUACAGCUCGAAGGCACAGCGCCGCGUCAUCGACGGGCAGGUGCUGGUGUGUGUCAUGUGAAUCGUGGCCUGCUUUCUGCCCAACCACUUACGAAUCUCUUCAAACCUGUAACGAGGCAGCUCUGCACGUGCGUCAUCACCAAGGCAACUAACUGCCCGAGCAGCGUGUAAGGUGCUCAGAGCAACCGGUACCAAGAAAGGCAGGCCGGCCAGUCAAUCUUCUUAGCGCUCGGUGCAAGGACAUCGAGUGACGUCGUUCGUCCAGAUGAAUACGUUCAUGCGAUAACUAGGUCGGGAGUCAAAAUUAAACCAAAGUCCGCACACAAUGCUCCAGUGAACGAAACCCGAAACGAAGGAAAGCGCACACAAAAUAAGACUUAGCAACAACGUGCCUCUCUAGCGAGAUUAUUACAUUCUACAUGUUCUCUCUAUCGUACGAACCUCCAGUGCCUUGCAAUGCAUAGGGUACGCAGCUUUUAUACACCUAUUGUUAAGCCGUCAGAACAUUCUCAACCCACAAACAUCCCUCAAGUGCCAAGUAUUGUUUUGUAAGCCAUAUUUUCUUUCUCGAAAUAAAUAUACAACUUCACUUUUGUA